UGUUUAUUUCCGUCUCUUCUGCUGACAGACAGGAGUUCAUGAAGCCGACAGUGCUCUGGCUCAUGUAACCACAAACAUGCGCUCACUCCUCGGACUUAUCACCGUUGUAGUUGCAGCGAGUCUCUAUCUGUAUACACUGUCCCUGUACCUGCCCGCUGGACCCCGGCGGCCUCAUCCUGCCUCUUCCGACAGAGAGCAUGUGGACACGGCAGAGUCCCCAGAUAGCACCGAGGGAGCCAGCAGGUUGAAGUUCCCUUCAGACUUGGAGGAGCUGAGGGAACUCGCUGAGCUCCUGCAGUUUUAUAAGGCAGAGAACACCGGAUAUGUCCUGCUCCUCUUUUGUAGUGCUUAUCUGUACAAGCAGUCUUUUGCCAUUCCUGGAUCCUCAUUCCUGAAUAUUCUAGCAGGAGCUAUAUUUGGACCUUAUGAAGGACUGGUGCUAGCCUGUGUGCUAACUACUGUGGGUUCCACCAUGUGCUACCUCAUGUCACAGGCCUUUGGGAAACAGUACAUUGUGAACUUCUUCCCUGAUAAAGUUUCCACGCUGCAGAAUAAGGUUGAAGAGAAUAAGGACUGCCUGUUCUUCUUUCUGCUCUUCCUGAGAUUCUUUCCCAUGACACCUAACUGGUUUCUGAACAUGUCUGCCCCGAUCGUAAACAUCCCCAUCACCUACUUCUUCUGCUCAGUCUUAAUUGGUCUUCUGCCGUACAACUUCAUCUGUGUCCAGACGGGCGUCAUGCUGUCUGAGGUGUCUUCGCUGGACGACUUGUUCUCCUGGCAGCGGCUGCUGCAGCUGCUGGCCAUCGCCUGCGUGGCUCUGCUGCCCAGCGCCCUCAUCCGCCGCUACAGUCAGAGACAUCUCAAACUGGAUGUGCAGUCACAGAACGGAGUCAUUACAGAGAAAAAGGUUCAGUGAUUCGUUCUGGUUUUCGUCCCCCUGCACUUUGCCCUCAAAAGUGAACUCAUACCUUUAAUCUCGAUUGGUUUAUUUCCUGGGAGACACCUGGACAUGGGAAACGGAAUGUAGCUAUUAAAACAAUGACCAGAUUGGGAUUUGCACAGCGGGAUUUAAAGCUGUGUUAUCAACUAGCGGUGUCUCAAAUCUACAGUACAACUUCUGUAGGCACAACAUACACAGUAUAUGUGCAAUAAUGUUUAGUAAUCAUGUGGAGAAAUUUGAAGGAUAUUAUGCUUUGAAACUGUCGCUGUAGUUUAGACUAUGUGUAAGACCAGCUUGUGUCCAAAGUGCCUGUCGUGCAGUUAUAAAUUCAAACUUCUACCUCCAGCAAAGACACAUGGAAUAAACUGUAUAAAAAGUUCAAAUGUAAAACCCAUGUUUUUAGUGGUUGGGUGGAUUGUUUUGUUGGGUCUGUGUAAAUUGUUUUUAUUCUAAACUGAAAUACUGAUGGUAUUGCAGCAAAUCUAAUAUAACGUGAAGUAAAUGAGGCAUUUUUUAGAACACUUUUUCAUCCCUGCACUACGUUUUGUAAUCUAGCGACCAUCGUAUCGGGCCUCAAACAGACACAUCACACAAGUAAUUUUAAGGGGGGGAAAAAAUGUAAUUAUAUAUAUAUAUUUAUAUAUUUUUGUAAUUUGAUGUGUCUACAGCCGUAUUUAUCUUUUUAAGUGAUGGUACAGUCAGUUCACGCAUCGUGAAGCUUUAAAAUCCUUCUUUUGCUGCCUCUUUGUUUUCCGUGUGUCUUUUCACUCCUGCUACAUCAAGUGUUAUUUUAAAUCUGGUGGUACAUGGUUUAAAAUGUUGUGUCUUUAUUUUUGUUUUCAUCUCUUCAAUAUGAUUCACAGUAGCUGUGACAUUUAUGAUAUUUGCAUCACAAAUGAUGUGCCUCUGUUAUUUCAGGGGUGAAAAACUGAAAUAAUAAAACGGGGAAAAGAAAA